AUGGAGGAAGAGAAGAGAGAGAAAUUGGUGACAAACUGCAAGUUUGAUCCGUGUACUACUGCUGGUGGUAGUGGAAGCAUACAUCCGUGCCAGUGUUACUGCAUCAAGCUAAGUGGAAAUGAAAUACCUUUAGAAUCGAAUGUGCAUUGCACAUGCACAGGGGAAAACCGACGUUACGGUAUAAAAUAUCGAUGCCGAAGAAAAGCAUUGACAUUUUUAUCGAGUAUUAUUGAUGGACAAACAGUAGAACAAUCAUUCUGUUCGGGCGAACUGAAAGUUUGUAAUGAACUGGGAAUACAGCAUUGGAUGCACGCCGAUUGCUAUCAUUCAUGGAAAGAAGCAUGCUGUCAUUGCAAUAUUCUUUAUUCUGCCUCAUCUCAUUUCACCCUGUUUCCUUACAAAGAUCCUUUGUUCGAGAAACUUGAAACUGUUUUCCCGAAGAUGAGUAGAGGGUUGCAGUUGAAUGUUUUAGCUCUUUGUGGAAAGGAAAGCUAUUCAUGGUUAAUGUCAGAAUUGGAUGCAUUUCAAUCUGUUUGCUCGAACAAUUUAUCGACAGAACGUCCGUUUCAUAUGAAAAGUCAAUUACUUCUACGUGAACUUUGGGAAACUUUUCGAGCCGAUAAAUCGCCAUAUGAACGUCGCAAAUAUUAUUUGGAUAGCAUAAAGUUUGCAGUACAGUGCUGCGAUCGCUUAUCUAUAUUAAUCGUUCUCCAAUUUCUGGAUGUGGCUGUGGAUGGCGAAUGUCUUCUUUUUGCUGUAGAAGCUAACGAUGCGUUUUCUGUAAGGGUACUUCUUCAUCACGGUGCUCCAAUUAGUUUUGAGAAAAAAUCAGGAGAAAAAGUAGAUUCUCUAAGUGUGGCAUUUAAACUUGGAAAUUGUGCAUCAGCAGAAGAAAUUCUAAAAUUCUUGAAUUAUCGCAGUACUCGAAUGCAAGAAUUUAUGCGCAAUCGUUUGUUGGAAUUCAUUAAUCACCGUGAUUAUCGUGCAAUAGAUCUCCUUCUUGCUUAUGGUGCGAAUGUUUAUGACCGCACCGAGAAAGCAAAAACAGUCUUUCAUAAAUUGACACAAAAUAUCGAUCAACAAUUUGCAAUUGCGACUGCAACUAAGUUAUUUGAAAAAACAGCAAUUGUACCAUCUUUUAUUGAUGCUGAAGAUUACCGUCAUCGUACUGCUCUUCAAUUGGCAUGUGCAAGAUGCCACUGGAAGCUGGCUGAAUUUUUUCUGCAGCGCGGUGCUACACCGAAAGGUUUGUGGACCGAUAUGAGAUUGCCUGAAUUUUUACGCUCAUACAUUGAUCGCAUUGGAAGGGAACUGAAAUUACGGAAUGAUAUAACGAUGGGUCGUGAACGUGUUGCAAUACCUCUUGAGAAUGGCACUGAUGAUGGAGCUACACUGGAUCCUAAUUUUGAAUAUAUAAAUUCUAUUGAUGAUCAUGAUUCAUUUCAAACUCAUAUCGACUUUUCACUAGCAUGUCGCUGCACAAAUGACUGCCAAGUUGAUUGUCCUUGCUUGGCUCGUUGUACAUAUGAUGCAGAUGGACAUCUUAGUAGUCAAGCAGUCGAAUUAGCUGAUAAGGCAGAAUUAGGUGUGCUGCUAGAAUGCAGUUCAUGUUGCUUUUGUUCAAAUAAAUGCAGAUCAAGAAUUGCACAAAAAGGUGUUCAUUGCGGACUUGAGGUUUAUCGUACAAAGAAAUAUGGAUGGGCUGUAAGGAGCUGUUCUUUGAUAUUGAAAGGAAGUUUUGUAUGUGAAUAUACUGGCGAACUUAUCUCAGACGCUGAUGCAGAUAGACGUGAAGACGAUACUUAUCUGUUCGAAAUUAUAGAUGAAACGUCAGCGUACUGUAUAGAUGCAAAAUUCAAGGGGAAUGUUUCAAGAUUCAUCAAUCACAGUUGUGAAGCAAAUUUGGUCACUCUCCGAGUUGUAUGGGAUGCAAAUAUACGUCAUUUGCCGCAUAUCUGUUUUUAUGCUAAAAGAGAUAUCCAACAGGGAGAAGAACUAACCAUUGAUUAUGGAAAUCAAUGGUGGGACGUUAAAUUGAGGAAUUUUUCGUGUCAGUGUGGUUCGAAAUCAUGUAAAUAUACUAAUACGAUGAGAGAAGAAAUACUACGAAAUGGAUAUCUCACUGCGGAAGAAAACAAGCGAUUAGAAGAACCUACUGGUGGCAAGUUAUAA